AGUGACACGGAUCUCAUCGCAAACGCUUCAUGUCACUGUCACGCUCCACGUCUGAAACCUGAGCAAUUGUUCGUGGAGACGCUAGUGAGCAUUGGGAAGCGGUUGGGGACUCUUGGGUCCAAGGAUGCCAAGACGCAGGGAUUGAAUGCAGAAUUGUGCAAGUUGAACCUGAAUUUGCCUGCCAAAGUUUGGCUGCCAUUCCGUAGGACUCCACCACACUACAUUGUCCGCAUCCCGCCUCAAGCCGCAGUUGUGCUUAACUCUAAAGACAAGGCUCCUUAUUUAGUGUAUGUGGAAUGCGUGGACGUGGACAACGUGGAAACGUCGUUGGUGCCGCCGAAAAUGUCGACAGCCUCGUCGUCUUCCGCGUCUCGUCUCCGUCAAGUCCGGUCGGAAGAAAACCUGGCCUUGGAGGACUCGACGUCUGGCUCUUCGUCGUCAGCAGUGUCGACACCGCAAGUGGUGACGGUGCCGGGGACGGUCAGUGGGUCUGCGGGCGGCAUUGGGCCAGUGAGCAUGGACCCAGCUGGCCCGAGGCCGCAAAUAAAUGUUGUGAUAGACGACGAAUACGCGGAUUGUUGGUCGCAGGAAGAGGAUGAACUGUCUCGUCAAUAUUCCGCCAGGCUGACGCGGUUUACAGAAAGGGAUUCAGUUUCUCAGUUCAGCAUGGAAAGCAUAGCAAGUGGAGGAGGAUCUUCGGGGGCAUCCGAACCCGUGUACAUUGCAGCCGGGGAUGUGCGUCGUCGUCUCUCGGAAUGUACGUCCGCGGACAAGCCGGCGUUCAAGACGAGGGAUCCCGAGGAUCCUUCGGCGGCCGUGCUCAAGGAGCCCUAUGAGGAGAAGGUGGGUAGAGUGAGAGACGGUUCUCCUUAUGGACACAUUCCAACGUGGAGACUGGUGCCUGUGAUUGUCAAGUGUGGGGAUGAUUUGAGACAGGAGCUGAUGGCCCAGCAGGUCCUGGAGGUGUUUGCUGAGGUUUGGGCCCAAGAACGGGUUCCCUUGCGGAUACGGCCUUACCAUAUUGUGGUGUUGUCACAGGACAGUGGCUUGAUCGAACCCGUGCUGAACACGAUGUCUUUGCAUCAGAUCAAGAAGCAUAGCGGGCAUUCCAGUCUGGUGCACUAUUUUUACUCGGAAUUCGGUCCCCAGAAUUCAGAGGCCUUC